AGAGUCACUCAGUGUAUAAAAACAGUUCAGCCAAUUCACAUUUUCACCACAAACGAUUAGUAAUUAGUUUGACUAAAGUAGUGCAUUUUCUACGUUAAAAAGUAUCAAUUUUGGUAUCCAGGAAAUUUUAAAGUUAUAUCUUUUCGUUGCUAGUUACAACAAGUUAAAAUGUUGACAGGUCACGUAAAUUUUGUUGCAUUGGUUUUAUAUGGAAUUCUUGCUUUGAGCAUAAAUAAGCCUAUUACAGCAAUUGAGCUGACAUCUCGGCCACCAUAUAAUGACUACGCAAAAAUGGCACGCUAUUUGGUUCAUAAAUCAAAUUGGACAUCGAUGGGUACCAUAUCGAGUCUAUCGACAAUUCAUGGUUUUCCAAUGGUAAAUGUUAUAUCGAUUGCGGACAGUGCGAAUGGGGCACCUUCAACGGGACGCAUUUAUUUAUUGCUCACCGACUUGGAUUUCACUGGACAAGAUUUGGCACACAAUAACAAAUUAACGGCUAUGUUCACGGAAGAUCAAGAUUUAGCGUGCACUUUAAACAAUACAGAUACUAUGGAACCAACUUGUGGUCGCGUUAUUUUUACCGGUAAAAUACAACGAUUGACACCGGGAACACAACAAUACAAUGAAGCUGAAGCAUUUUACACUGAUCGUCAUCCAGCAUCAUUGCAUUGGCGAAAAACGCAUUCAUUUUAUUUUUGCACACUAAACAUCGAGCAUAUAGCCGUCUUGGAUUUCUAUGGUGGUGCGCAUUAUGUUUCAAUAGAUGAUUACUACAACGCGAAUUAUGAUGCGGAAGGUCGCAUUAAGGAUAUUAAGACUAUAGAGCCAUCAGUUAUUGUACCAAAGCAAUUAUAAAUCGUGAAGCAUCAUGUCAGUAUAUUGCAUUCAGCAUUUCAUAAAUUUAAUCAAAAAAUUGAAGUCAAGUUUUUUCGAUCUUGAUCAAUCUGAAUAACCUUCCUAAAUGCAUCUUUACUGCAAAUUUAAAAAUCUGUCUGAAUUUACGACAAAUAAAAUCAACAAACAUCUUUACCAAAAAA